UGAAGGAUUCCCCUAAGCCUGUCUGGCUUUGAAACCGGAGGCACUUUAGAUAAUUUUGGGAUGUCUGCAGUGUUACCAGGUGAGUGAUGACAACACUGAAGCUCAGCCAACUUCCUGUCACCACACAGUCACAUCAAGUGGAGAGAGUGCAAGCCUAGGGAUGAGUUGUGUAUGUAGUUAAAUGUCGGAUGUUCAUACACAUCCCUCUAGUUCCAGGGUCAUGGUAGGUCAUGUGGGCAUGCUUCACCAUUGCAAAGGGCAGUGUUCCCAGAGCUUAGCUGUAGGUUAGUAAAGGGACAUUUCCCACAGAGCUAUUAGUGUGCAUGUUUAGACUAGUCCUAGAGCCUAACUCUUUUGUAAUGAUCUUUUGCUGUGGCACCAGUCUCUUAAAUUGAAAUAGGGGAGAUUGUUUUGAAUCCUUUCAUCUCCUUCUCACCUUCCCUUCAUAGUAUCCUGUGGAGUUUGUGACUGUGUGCUUUCCUUCCUUAUGCAUCUGUCUCCAGAAUACUCUAUUCCAAAAUUGCCCACCUUCCUUAAACUCCAAAGUCCCUCAUCCAAGUAACAUAAGGAUGGAAAUGCUUGGGUUGAAUUAACUUAUAUUAAGAUAUAUUAAGAUUUGUCUCACCCCAGCAUCUAGUGUGUCAUAGGCAUUUGUGUGAUGGCAUGGAGAAAUUUCAUUGAGUCCAGCUGUGUGGAACUUUAGGGAAUUGACUUGAGGCCAGGGCAAGCUUCAAAAGAUUUUAAUCUGGGCCAUAUAAAAUUCCUGGAAGUUCUGGAUCUUUUUAACAGCAAUAUCAAGUGAAUCCCAAGCCUUCCCUGAUUCCCACCAGUCACUCACUCAUCCACCCUACCACCUCCUGACCACAUUGAUAGCCUGCUGACAUCAGUGUUCUUCCACACUCUGUGCCUUCUUUAUCACAUUGUUGUCUGCCCAGUCACAGGAAUGUGAGGUGCAGGAGAACAGGAAGCCAGCCAACGAGCUCACCUCCCAUCAUCAGCACCUCUUAUGAUGCACAGUGUACAGCGGGCUCACAAACACUCGGGAGAGGAAGAGAGAAGAAAGAUGUGUGCUUGCCAGAUAAACUGCAGGAUGGAGGGACUACUGCAUUACAUCAACCCAGCACAUGCCAUCUCUCUGCUCAGUGCCCUCAAUGAGGAGCGCCUCAAGGGACAGCUGUGUGACGUGCUCCUGAUUGUUGGAGACCAGAAGUUCCGAGCUCAUAAGAACGUCUUGGCUGCCAGCAGUGAGUACUUCCAGAGUUUAUUCACGAAUAAGGAGAACGAGGCUCAGACUGUCUUUCAGCUGGACUUCUGUGAGCCUGAUGCUUUUGACAACGUUCUGAACUACAUUUACUCUUCUUCCCUCUUUGUGGAGAAGGGCAGCCUUGCUGCUGUGCAGGAGCUGGGGUAUAGCCUUGGUAUCUCCUUCCUGACCAACAUCGUUGCCAAAGCCCCUCAGGCUCCUUUUCCAGCCUGUCCCAACAGGAAAAGAGUGCCAGUGGAAGAUGAUGAAACCAGCUCUCAAAAGCGAAGUGUCAUUGUAUGUCAGGGCAGGAGCGAGGUGCCAGGGAAAGCCAGUGGUCCAGCCAUGCAGGACCUUAGCCAUGCUGCCCGGGCCUCCCCCAGUGGUUCAGUCAAGACCAGCACCAGUAAGCCCCAUGUGGCCAAGCCUCCAGAGCAGCUCCAUAGUCUGUCCUUAACUGAAAAGAGCUGGACAAAGGAGAGUGCUGCAGUCUAUGCAAAGUCUCUGGAGCAGCCUGGGGCUUUGGAUGAUCCUAAUAGGGGCAGUUUGGUAAAGAGAACUACAGUCCUGCCCCCAAAGCCUUCACAGGACAGAGAGGCCACAGAUGAUAAACCAGGGGUGAGCAGCCAGCUUCCCAAGGGGAAAGCUAUAGAACUGGCACUGAAGAGACCACGGCCCCCCGUUCUGUCUCUUCAUAGCUCAUCAGAGACUCCAUAUCUCUUAAAAGAAACUAGCAAAGGAGGCGGUCAGGGGGAGGAUAGGAACUUGCUCUACUACUCUAAGCUAGGGCUGGUGGUCCCAUCUGGUGGGCCUGCUUCUGCAAACCAGAGCAUUGACAGAAGUGGCCCACUAGUGAAAAGCCUCCUCAGGCGGUCACUAUCUAUGGACAGCCAGGUUCCUGUUUACUCCCCCUCCUUAGAUUUGAAGUCAUCCCAGGGAUCAUCCUCAGCGGCAAAUGAGGCACCGGGCAGUGUGUUCUGUGCGAUGUCUCAAAAGUCAUCCUUAAAAGAUUGCAGUGAAAAAAAAGGCCUGGAUGACAGGCCUCAAGUGCUCCAACCUCAUCGCCUCAGGUCCUUUAGUGCCUCUCAGUCGACAGACAGGGAGGAGGCCUCCCCUGUGACUGAGGUACGCAUUAAGACGGAGCCCAGCAGCCCACUGUCGGACCCCUCAGACAUCAUCCGGGUCACUGUGGGAGGAGAUGCAGCAGCAGCAGCAGCAGCCGCCGCCACAGCCACAGCCACAGCCACGAGAGAGCUGCCCCUCAAAACAGAGGAAGACCAGAGAGACAUGAGCAGACUCCCGGCAAAGAGAAGGUUCCAGACAGACAGAAGGUCACCCUUGAAGAAGCCAAAGGCAAAUGAACACGGGCCUGCUGUCUCAGAAGAGAACUGUGAAGAGGGCAGGAGCCCUCCUUCCCUUGACAGCAACUUCCCAGAUUCUGACUUAAACAGAGAGGAGUUUGGUGAGUUGGAGGGGACGAGACCAAACAAAAAAUUUAAAUGCAAACAUUGCCUUAAGAUUUUUAGAUCAACCGCGGGUCUUCACCGCCAUGUUAACAUGUACCAUAACCCAGAGAAGCCUUACGCUUGUGACAUCUGUCACAAGAGGUUUCAUACCAACUUCAAAGUGUGGACACACUGUCAGACCCAACACGGCAUAGUGAAGAACCCAUCGCCAGCCUCUAGUUCCCAUGCAGUUUUGGAUGAGAAAUUCCAAAGAAAGCUGAUUGACAUAGUGAGAGAGAGGGAGAUUAAGAAGGCCCUGAUCAUUAAGCUGAGGCGCAGCAAGCCUGGCUUCCAGGGACAGAGUAGCUCCCCAGCACAGCAAGUCAUCAAGAGGAACUUGCGCUCCCGAGCCAAAGGGGCCUACAUUUGUGCCUACUGUGGCAAGGCAUACCGCUUUCUCUCUCAGUUUAAGCAGCACAUAAAGAUGCACCCGGGAGAGAGGCCCCUCGGAGUAAGCAGAGCUGCUAAGCCAAAAGCACGCGCGGUAGAGAGCAAGGAGGUUUACCCGUGCCGCCUCUGUAAUGCUAAGCUCUCUUCUCUUCUAGAGCAAGGCAACCACGAGCGCUUGUGCCGGAACGCCACCGUUUGCCCUUACUGCAGCCUCAGGUUCUUCUCCCCCGCGCUGAAGCAGGAACAUGAGGACAGGUGUGAGUACAAAAAGCUGACUUGCCUGGAGUGCAUGCGCACCUUCAAGUCCUCCUUCAGCAUCUGGCGGCACCAGGUGGAGGUGCAUAACCAGAACAACAUGGCUUUAGCAGAGAACUUCUCCAUGCCCACCCUGGACCACAACGGUGAAGUGGCAGCUGCUUCCAGGCCUCAGACUGAGCCCAGCAAGGUAAACCAUGUGGCCACUCCGAAAGAGGAUACGGCAUUUAGCGACUCUUCAGAACAAGUGAACUUCGAUUCUGAGGAUUCCUCCUGCCUCCCUGAAGACUUGAGUCUUUCAAAGCAACUGAAAGUCCAAGUCAAAGAGGAGCCUGCGGAGGAGGCUGAGGAGGAGGCUCCUGAGGCUAGCGCAGCUCCCAGGGAGGCCGGCCCCAGCAAGGAGGCCGGCCUGUGGCCCUGUGAGAAAUGCGGAAAGAUGUUCACGGCACACAAGCAGCUGGAGCGGCACCAGGAGCUGCUGUGUUCCGUGAAGCCCUUCAUCUGCCACGUAUGCCACAAAGCCUUCCGUACCAACUUCCGGCUCUGGAGUCACUUCCAGUCCCACAUGUCUCAGGCUACAGAGGAGCCUGUGCAGAAAGAGCCUGAGGCGUGUCCUGUGCCCACAAACUCCCCCUCACCACCACCUCUGCCACCUCCACCACCCUUGCCCAAGAUUCAGCCCCUGGAGCCCGACAGCCCCACAGGCCUGCCUGAGAACCCAGCCCCAGCUACAGAGAAGCUCUUUGCACCCCAGGAGUCAGAUACCCUAUUCUACCACGCCCCGCCCCUUUCAGCAAUCACAUUUAAGAGACAGUUCAUGUGCAAGCUCUGCCACAGGACAUUCAAGACGGCCUUCAGCCUUUGGAGUCAUGAGCAGACACACAAUUAAAGGGCCUCCCCUUCACCUGUCACAAAGCAGCAGGCCCUCAGCUUGUGAACUGUGUCCUAAGACAGAAUAUUUGAUAAAAAUAAUAAAGGUUGGAAAUUUUUAUGUUUGAAU